AUGAAACGAAAGCUGUCGUCGUCUGAUGCUGCUGACAACCUCAUCUGGCAGGUCGACGAACACCCGCCAGCCGACGAGGCACAGAUCGCCGAGCAUCGCGGUCCAUGCGCCAUCGACUACGACUCGAUGUUGAUGUUAGCCAAUGUGCCACCGCUUACCGAUGAAAUGCGGUUCCGAUGUCCUGCACUGCCGUUGCGAACACGAUCCACUCCCGAAUUCACUCUUGUUUUAGAUUUGGAUGAAACCCUUGUUCACUGCAGUCUGAGUCCACUGGUCGACGCUUCUAUGGUGUUUCCUGUCAACUUUCAAAACAACACUUAUGAGGUUUAUGUGCGUUUGCGACCGCAUUUGCACACGUUUCUGGAGAGGUUAUCGGCCAACUAUGAAAUAAUACUUUUCACGGCAAGCAAAAGGAUUUAUGCCGACAAAUUGUUGAAUUUGCUUGACCCUCAAAAACGAUUGGUGAGACAUCGACUGUUUCGAGAGCACUGUGUUUGCGUUUAUGGCAAUUAUAUCAAAGACCUUUCCAUUCUUGGACGAGAUCUUUCUCGAACUGUGAUCAUUGACAACGCUCCACAGUCGUUCGCCUAUCAAAUCGACAAUGGAAUCCCCAUAGAGAGCUGGUUCCACGAGAAGGAUGACACGGAACUUUUGAAGCUACUGCCUUUCCUGGAAAGCCUUCCUAAAGAGGUUACAUUUCAAAUAUUCAACGGAAGCAGCUUUAUUUUCAGUAAUGAGCAUGUGCCUUAA